AUGAGCGCCACACAGGUGUGCUGUGCUGCCCUCGGCCGACCUUGGACCUUCGAUGGUCCGACGCCUGCCAUCGUCAACCGUUCUCCGCCACCAAGAUUUUUGCCCGCAUCUAACGGCUCUGUUCAACGGGUCCCGUCGCUCCCCGAUCUCUGCCAAAAUGGAGCCGACUCCCCCGGUAAGUGCGUCUGCGUUUCGGUUUUGCUUUUGUCGUCUACUCUUUCUGUGUUACACGUGCACUCCUCUACUCCUGUCGCGAAUUGUCUUCCCUUGCGUAGAAGACAGAUUGCAGCAGACUCAUUUAACUCAGAGUGA